AAGAAACACAGUGACUUGAUCGAUCGCCUACAUCGCUCUCACUGUCCGUGAGCUCUGCGUCGUCUAGCAGUCGACAUUGUUGCUCGCGAUCGCAGAGAGAUCGCAGCGAGUAAUUUCUCCUCUUUGACUGCCAGAAUUUGUUUGUGUCAGUCAGGAGUACGCAUCUCGCGCGCGCUAUAGCUUUCUAGGGUUCUUCUUCUUCUUCUCCUCUUCUUCCUCGCGAGUCGCGGCCAAAAGAGGAAUCUCGAAUCUCGAAUUUCUCAUCUUUUCGUCUCAGUCCUAGGCAUAGCACUGGAGCUUGAGAGCUCGGCCGCCAGCUGAUUGCGAUUGCGCGAGAGAGAGAUUUCAUAUCUUUUUUCUCUGGAUUGCUGGAUCUCUGGAGGCUUUGGUCGAUGCAUCGGGAUGAUGGGUCGAAUUGGGCGGUCUUAGAAUCUCGUCUUUGCAGCCGCCAGGCCCCGCAUUGAUUCGCGCCCUUUCACUGUUCUUCUCGAGAGUGUGUGUGUGUGUGCUAGUGCGGGUGGUGAUUAGAAAUCAAAAGAAAGAGGGGGACGACGACGAAGCGAACAAUCGAUAGAUCGAUCGAUCGAUCGAGAGAGAGAGAGGGCUUUUAUUUAGUUUUUUUCCGCUGGAGCUGGGGACCGACCAACAGACACGCCAUAGCUUUCACGGAUUAGUGCUGUGUAGCGAGGAGUUCUCGGUCCUUCCAAGCUCCUUUUCUUUUUUUCUUAGCGAUUUUUUCCCCUGUGUCAUUCUGCGCAUCCGUGGAUGAUUCGCGCACAGCUCGCCCCUCCCUCUUUUCAGCAGUGAUCUGACACAAAGACGACGAGCAACAAACAAAAGAACUUUUUUUUUCCAUCUUCUUCUCCCUCCUCCUCUCGACACUCUGUUCUUCCCCAAAUCUUUUGUCCCCAGUGUGCGAGCCACAGCGCGGCGUCAAAGUGAUGAUUUGGAGCGAAUGUGAGGGACCCAAUGGCGCAAAAGAUCGAUCCCCCCAUCACCCACACUCGCCCGGGAGCAGCAUUGCCAUUCCCCGAAUUUGCCCCUCCAUCACAGCGCUCAUCAUCGCCACCAUAGCUUGAUUGAUUCUGCCUGGCUAUGGCGGGCGAGCGCGACGCGUCAUCGCGAAUCAGGUGAAGUGUCCAGCUCUAGCUUAGCUCUUCUCGUCCCAAGAUCAACGACAUUCCAUUCCCAUCGCGAUCGCCAAAUCAGGGAUGACGCCCAUCACUCCCCUGUUCUUGGCGAUCCUCGUGUUCUUCACGGCCGCGGCAGAGGGAUUGACACCGGAUGGCCAAUCACUCCUGGCAUUCAAGGCCUCGAUCGAGGAUCCAGCGACCCACCUGCGUGAUUGGAACGAAUCCGACGCAACGCCGUGCCGCUGGACAGGAAUCACUUGCGACUCCCAGAACCGCGUCUCCUCUCUCACGCUCUCCAACAUGAGCCUCUCGGGAUCGAUCGCGCCGGGCACGCUCUCGCGCCUCUCCGCCCUCGCCAAUCUCUCCCUCGACGUCAACGAUCUCGGCGGCGCCCUCCCGGCGGAGCUCUUGGGAGCGCUGCCGCUCCUCCGCUACCUCAACAUCUCCCACUGCAACUUCAGCGGCGAUUUCCCCGCCAAUCUCUCCUCCGCCUCGCCAUCGCUCGCGAUCCUCGACGCCUACAACAACAACUUCACGGGCGCGCUGCCAAUCGGCCUCUCGGCGCUGCCAUUGCUCGCCCACGUCCACCUGGGCGGCAGCCUCUUCUCGGGCUCCAUCCCACGCGAGUAUGGAUCCAUCAAGAGCCUCCAAUACCUCGCGCUCUCGGGCAACGAUCUUAGCGGCGAGAUCCCGGCCGAGAUGGGCGAUCUCGAGUCGCUCGAGCAGCUCUAUCUGGGCUACUACAACCACUUUUCCGGAGGAAUCCCUCGAUCUUUCGGACGGCUCAAGAGUCUCCGCCGCCUCGAUCUCGCCAGCGCCGGCAUCAAUGGCUCCAUCCCGAUCGAGCUGGGAGGGCUCCGCCGCCUCGACACGCUCUUCCUCCAGCUCAAUUCCCUCGCCGGAUCCAUCCCCGACGCGAUCGGCGGCCUCCGGGCCUUGCAAUCGCUGGAUCUCUCGUGCAACCAGCUCACCGGAGGGAUCCCCGCGAGCCUGGAGAAGCUCCAGGAGCUCAAGCUCUUGAAUCUCUUCCGCAACAAUCUCUCCGGGGAGAUCCCCUCCUUCGUGGGCGACAUGCCCAAUCUGGAAGUCCUCUUCCUAUGGGGGAAUGGAUUCGUGGGCGCCAUCCCGGAGUUCCUGGGCGGGAAUGGGCAGCUAUGGAUGCUCGACCUCUCCAAGAACGCGCUCAAUGGGAGCGUCCCAUCCAGCCUCUGCCGCGGAGGGAAGCUCGCGACGCUCAUCCUCCAGCAAAAUCGCCUCUCGGGAUCCAUCCCCGAGGAGCUGGGAUCGUGCGCUAGUCUCGAGAAGGUCCGGCUGGGCGACAAUCUCCUCUCGGGCGCGAUCCCGCGGGGGCUGUUCGCGCUGCCCAAUCUCGACAUGGUGGAGCUCAUGAGGAACAAGCUGGACGGGGUCAUGGGCGACGAGGAAUUCGCCGCGCCCAAGCUCGAGAAGAUCGAUCUGAGCGAGAAUCUUCUCCGGGGGGAGAUCUCCGAGGGGAUUGGAGCGCUCUCCAUGCUCAAGGAGCUCCAGAUCUCCUACAAUCGCCUCGCGGGCGCGGUGCCGGCGGGGCUGGGGCGGAUGCAAUGGCUCCUCCAGCUCAAUCUCACUCACAAUUUCUUCUCGGGAGGGAUUCCUCCAGAGGUCGGCAGCUGCCGCUCGCUCACAAUGCUGGAUCUCAGCGUCAACCAGCUCUCCGGCGAGAUCCCGCGAUCGCUGGAAGCGCUCGAGGUGCUGGGCGUGCUCAACCUCUCCAGGAACGCAUUCUCGGGCGGGAUCCCGCGGGGGAUCGCGCUGCUCCAGAGCCUCAACUCGGUGGAUUUCUCCUACAAUCGCCUCAGCGGCGCCAUCCCGGCCACGGAUCAGGCCUUCAAUCGCAGCAGCUACGUGGGGAAUCUCGGGCUGUGUGGCGCGCCGCUGGGGCCGUGCCCCAAGAACCCUAAUUCUCGCGGCUAUGGCGGCCAUGGGCGCGGGCGCAGCGAUCCGGAGCUCCUGGCGUGGCUCGUCGGCGCGCUCUUCUCCGCGGCGCUGCUGGUGCUGGUGGUGGGCGUGUGCUGCUUCUUCCGGAAGUACCGACGCUACCUCUGCCGGCUAGGGUUCUUGCGCCCGCGAUCGCGCGGCGCCGGGGCCUGGAAGCUCACCGCGUUCCAGAAGCUGGGGGGAUUCAGCGUCGCCCACAUCCUGGAAUGCCUGAGCAACGAGGACAACAUCAUCGGCCGCGGUGGAUCGGGCAUCGUCUACAAGGGCGUGAUGCCGUCGGGCGAGAUCGUGGCGGUGAAGAAGCUCUCGGGAUUCAAUCCCGCGGCCGCGGCAGGGGUAGCGCGCGGCAAGAUCGGCGGCUCCAUGAGCCACAGCGAUCACGGAUUCUCGGCGGAGGUCCAGACCCUGGGAAAGAUCCGGCACCGCAACAUCGUCAAGCUCCUAGGGUUUUGCUCCAACAAGGAGACCAACGUCCUCGUCUACGAAUACAUGCCCAAUGGCAGCCUCGGGGAGGCGCUCCAUGGAUCCAGCAAGGGCGCCGUGAUGCUCGACUGGGCGACGCGCUACAAGAUCGCGCUCCAGGCCGCCAAUGGGCUGUGCUACCUCCACCACGACUGCUCGCCGCUCAUCGUCCACCGCGACGUCAAAUCCAACAACAUCCUCCUCGACGCCGAGUUCCAGGCGCGCGUCGCGGAUUUCGGCCUCGCCAAGCUCUUCCAGGACUCGGGGAAAUCGGAAUCCAUGUCCUCCAUCGCCGGAUCCUAUGGCUACAUCGCCCCAGAGUAUGCUUACACGCUCAAGGUGAACGAGAAGAGCGACAUCUACAGCUUUGGAGUGGUGCUGCUGGAGCUCGUGUCGGGGCGGCGGCCGAUCGAGCCGGAGUUUGGCGAUGGAGUGGACAUUGUGCAAUGGGUGAGGAAGAAGAUCCAGACCAAGGACGGGGUGCUGGAGGUGCUCGACUCGCGGAUCCGGGAGGAGAAUUUGCCGCUCCAGGAGAUCAUGCUGGUGCUGAGAGUGGCGCUGCUGUGCACGAGCGAUCUCCCGGUGGACAGGCCGACGAUGCGGGAUGUUGUGCAAAUGCUGGGCGAUGCCAGGCCCGGGAAGAACAAGGAGGAGAGCAGCACGGAUUUUGGGGAUUUGUCAUCCUCGCAGUCGCAGCUCCUGUCCCCAGUUUGAUCUUCUUCGGCCAUAGACAAGAGCUUGUUGAUACGAAUCAAGGGAAUAUUUUUUUCUGUUUUA